UGUAAGAAAUUCACCUCCCCUCCCUCAACAUCCUGGCAGCUGGGCAAUAAUAACGUGUUGCUUUGUCGAGCCCGAGCUAUGCAUCUCUAUUCGAUUCUAUUCGAUUACAGAUUGCGAUCACUGCCGCAUAUUACUCGAGAAUGAAAAAGGACAGAAUCUCGAAGAAGCAAAACAUUUCUUCGAUCGAGGAGAUUUCAAAAUUGAUAAAUUUUCAAAAGCUCAGACAAAUAAACAAACUUCUGCAUGGCAAAUCUGCUGGGUUUCCGGCACAAAAAUUUCAACACAGACAAGGUGUAUUUACAGAAAGUGUAAAAGUAGACGAUUUCAAGUAUUUAAAAAAGAUACGGCUCUAUUAAGGUGUAACGAGGGCACGUUUCGCGUGCGGAAGAUAUAUGGAGAUGGCAAUUGCAUGUUUAGAGCGAUCAGCUACAUUUUGUGGCGAAACGAGGAAGAGCAUCAAUCGCUCAGAGCUAUGGUUGUGCAGUACAUUAAGGACAAUUGGCGCGAGUACGGUCCGUUCGUGAUAGCUGAAUGGAACAUUUCGGAUUGCCAAGAGUAUCACGAUUAUAUGAGCCUAGUGGGUACAUUCGCCAGCGAGCUGGAAUGCACGGUAGCCACGAAACUCCAUCGCAUGAAUCUUUCGAUCUAUCGCGAACUUCCUGGCAGAUACGAGCUUAAGUUGGUCUUCCAUAACCGCGUGAACAUCAACUACGAAACCGCGAGGCUCCUAUUCACCGGAUGUUCCGAAAAUGGUCAUUACGAUGUCUUGUUACCCGAUUCAAUGUCAAGCUUUUUUAUGGGUCAAUAA